CGAUUUGAUGAACAUAAGUGAUGCAAAGGCACUGCAAAACCAGCAUCAACAGCAACCGACAGAAGAUUCAACCCCGCCAAGCUUGCGAGUGUUGGAUGUCUACAGAACAUCAAGAUGUUUUCUAGCUAGUGACUUUUACCCUUUUUUAAAUGAACUGGAAAGUGAGAAGACGAUCCAACUCAUGAACGAACUCGACGCCAAAUACUACGUCAACCUCUACUUUGCGCAUUUCCAUGGCCAGUGGCCCUUCUUGACUAGACCGCAGUUUAGUCCCGAGACAGAGCCACCGAUUUUGGUCCUUGCUAUGGUGAUAUGUACGUUAAGGAUGACCGAGGAAAAGAGCUUGAUGAGACUUGCGUGGUUGAUUCACGCGCAUUUACAUGCUAUUUUUGUGACGCAAAUGGAUAAUUGGACAGUGAAAGAAUAUUCAUCCCACCGCUGGCCAAUCGCUACCUAUCAGGCCAUCCUACUCUUCACAAUCUUCACCAUUACCGCAAACGAUUACUCUGAAGUCUUUGGACCCAAUGCCGAGGACGAAGAAGAGGACGUUCUUGAUCGUAUCUACCCCAUAUUUACCCGUCUCGUCUGCACCUGUCGCGUCCAGCGCAUACUCUACUAUCCCUCUAUUCUCUCCCAAAUCCGCGAAGAUGACCCCCUCGUCUACAAAUUCAGCGCCGCCGAAGAACUCAAAUACUUCGCGCUGACACUAUUCAAAGUCGACAACAUCCUCUCAAAAUUAAUGCAUCUAGACCAAGUCCCUGACACCAGCAGUGAUGUUGGUGGUGGCCAUGUUCCAUUAUCAAUAUCAGAACUCCAAUUCCCUCCCCCUGUUAACAAUUAUCUCUGGGAAACAGAUGGUAUUCGCGAAUGGCUUCGACGACGAGCUCGCCAAUGUCGUGAUCCGUCUCGUUCGUCGCAUAUUUAUGGUGCUAUAAUGGCUAAUGAUCGACGAACGGUUUUGAAUCGGGAGUUGAAUCCUUGGAUUUGUGAUAUUUUGGGUUCUGGGCACGUGGAUGGACAAGCUGGGAAUGAGUUGCAGAUGGCGACAACAGCCAAAAAAUUGGGGGGGAGGAGAAGGGCUUGGAUGGGGUUGGGCCCUUGGUUGGGGUAUUUGGUUGGAUUGGAUGUUGGUUCUGCGUUUUCGUAG